GUCAGUUCUAGUUUUCCUAUCAUCGAACCGAUGAUGAGACAGAGAGAGAGAGAGAGGGAGAGAGCGACAGAAAGUUAGACAGUUUGCAGACGCUAACAAUUACCAUGGAGUGUUUUCCUCUUUGCUGCUUUUGUUUUAUUUGCAAGUUUGUCGGUACUUUGUCGGCAUUUUUUACUGAUGUGACCAAGUAAAGUACUAAUCGUUAUUUGUUUGUUUUGAGUCAUCUGGCUGACAACUGAACCAGGAUGGACCAUGGAGACCGAGGGAUGGGUGUCUCUCACCUUCGCUAUGAGGAGGAGGAGGCAGACCAUCAGUCUAUCUACAUCGGCGUCCCGGUUCCUCAAGGAUAUCGACGGAAGCGCAGGCGAAGGCGUUCUAGUCAUGAUACCGCCAACACAGACCGAGACCGACUCUACGGUCAUCACAGACACCACGACCAUGACCAGUAUCGAGACGAGACGAGUAUCGAUAUGGAGGAAGGGCUGAUGGAUUUGCACGAUCAGAGUCUACAAGACAUCAACUGCACAAUGUCUCCAGCGGCAGAGCGGCUACGUUACAUACUGAGUGAAGAUGAUGACAUGCCGACACCGACGCUCUUCACUGAGAUGGACACUUUACAGCGAGAAGGGGACGAGCUGGAAUGGAAGGAGUCUGCAAGGUGGGUGAAAUUUGAGGAGAAAGUAGAAGAAGGAAGCGAGAGAUGGAGCAAACCGCACGUUUCCACGCUGUCCUUGCACAGUCUGUUUGAGCUCAGGACGUGUCUUCAGACAGGAACUAUUCUACUGGACCUGGAUGGAUAUUCUCUGCCUCAAAUAGUUGAUGACAUUAUCGAGAGACAGAUCGAGGAGGGCAUGAUAGCUCCUGAGCUCCGAGAUAAGAUCAGUUUUGUUCUGCUGAGGAAACAUCGACACCAAACCAAGAAGCCUAUCCAUCGAUCUCUAGCUGACAUCGGAAAGUCCGGCUCCUCCACCCCUCGAGCGACAGGGCAGAGAGGGGCGCCAGGCGCGGCGCCCGUGCCCAAUUAUAACAAAUCCACGGAAGACCUUCGGAUCAAACAGCAGCCUGGCAACUACGGUCGCCUACGUCACGCUCAGAGUCGCAGUAUGAAUGACAUUGCAGACACACCCAGCACAGACCAACUGAAAAACAAAUUCAUGAAGAAGAUCCCCAGAGAUGCCGAGGCGUCAAACGUGCUCGUGGGGGAAGUGGAUUUUCUCAACAAACCCUUUGUUGCCUUUGUGCGCCUUUCCCAAGCGACAACACUCGGAGGUCUGACGGAGGUGCCCGUACCCACCAGAUUCCUCUUUAUUCUCUUGGGACCCCAAGGAAAGGCCAAGUCGUAUAAUGAAAUAGGCCGAGCCAUAGCAACCCUGAUGGUGGAUGAUCUCUUCAGCGAUGUUGCCUACAAAGCCAGAGACCGCGAAGACCUCAUUGCAGGCAUAGAUGAGUUUUUGGAUGAGGUCAUUGUGCUCCCACCAGGGGAGUGGGAUCCAAAAAUCCGUAUUGAGCCGCCCAAGAAAGUUCCCUCGGCAGACAAAAGAAAGUCCGUGUUCUCCUUAAAUGAACUGGGGCAGAUGAACGGUACAGCAGGUGGAGGAGGCGGUCUGGCUGAAGACGAGGAGAUGCCAGCACAACAUGAACUAGGAGAGGAGCUGGCCUUCACUGGACGCUUCUGCGGUGGAUUGUUCCUGGACAUAAAACGCAAAUUACCAUGGAUACCCAGCGAUUUCUACGAGGGUUUCCACAUUCAGUCCAUCUCUGCUGUGCUCUUCAUCUACUUGGGAUGCAUCACAAAUGCCAUCACCUUCGGAGGCCUGCUGGGUGAUGCCACAGACAACUACCAGGGUGUCAUGGAGAGUUUCCUCGGUACAGCACUGGCCGGUUCUGUCUUCUGCCUUUUCGGAGGUCAGCCCCUCAUCAUCCUCAGCUCCACUGGACCCAUCCUCAUAUUCGAAAAACUCCUGUUUGACUUCAGCAAGAAUAACAACAUUGAUUACAUGGAGCUGCGCCUGUGGAUCGGCAUCCACUCAUGCUUGCAGUGUUUCAUCCUGGUGGCGAGCGACGCCAGUUACAUCAUCAAGUACAUGACACGUUUUACCGAAGAGGGCUUCUCCAGCCUCAUUUCCUUCAUCUUCAUCUCCGAUGCCAUCAAGAAGAUGGUCGGCUCUUUCCAAUACUACCCCAUCAACACCAACUUCAAACCCGACUACAUCACCUCGUACAAGUGCGAGUGCUUGGCGCCAGACCCGAUGGCUGCAAUGAUCUUCAAUGGUUUAGUUCUGAUGCCAGAUAACAGCUCUAGUGUCUCUGGGUUGAAUGUGACAGUUCUGGACUGGAGCCAGCUGAGUAAGAAGGAGUGUUUGAAGUACGGGGGUUCUUUGGUGGGGAACGCCUGCAAGUACGUCCCGGAUCUGGCGCUUAUGUCCUUCAUCCUCUUCUUCGGGACGUACUCCAUGACUGUCACUCUCAAGAAGUUCAAGUUCAGCCGCUACUUCCCCACCAAGCUGAGGAAACUCAUCAGUGACUUCUCGAUCUUCAUGUCAAUCAUGACGUUUGUGGGCCUUGACAUGCUGAUGGGUCUCAAAACCCCCAAGUUAAUUGUUCCAACAGAAUUCAAGCCUACUCGGUCGGAUCGUGGCUGGCUUGUGAUGCCGUUUGGAAAGAACCCCUGGUGGGUUCACGUGGGCAGUUUUGUCCCUGCCCUCCUGGUCACCAUCCUCAUCUUCAUGGAUCAGCAGAUCAGCGCUGUCAUUGUCAACCGCAAAGAAAACAAACUCAAGAAAGGUUGUGGCUACCAUUUGGAUCUAUUCUGGGUGGGCGUCUUGAUGGCCGCUUGCUCCUUCUUGGGUCUGCCCUGGUAUGUUGCUGCCACCGUCAUCUCCAUUGCCCACAUCGAUUCUCUAAAAAUGGAGAGUGAAUCCAGCGCUCCAGGAGAGCAGCCGCAAUUCCUCGGGGUCAGAGAACAGCGAGUCACGGGCAUCCUAGUGUUUGCUCUCACCGGGGUUUCCAUCUUCCUUGCUCCAGUGCUGAAGUUCAUCCCCAUGCCUGUACUGUAUGGCGUCUUCCUCUACAUGGGGGUGGCUUCCCUUGGCGGAAUCCAGUUCUGGGACAGGAUUAAAUUGUACAUGAUGCCAUCCAAGCACCAGCCCGACCUCACCUACCUGCGCCAUGUUCCCCUGAGGAGGGUGCACCUCUUCACCCUGAUCCAGAUCAUAUGCCUGGCUGUACUCUGGAUACUCAAAUCGACAUUUUUAGCAAUCAUCUUUCCGGUUAUGAUCCUGGGUCUGAUGGUUGUUCGCAAAAUGCUGGACAUGGUCUUCUCCCAGCACGACCUGGCUUGGCUGGAUGACUUGCUGCCUGAGAAAGAGAAGAAAAAGAAGGACGAUGACAAGACGAAGGGGAAAGACAAGAAAAGGCUCAAACUGGAUGCCAGUGAGGAUGAGGAGAAGUACAGCCCUUACAGCAACCAUUCACCAAGUUCGGAUUCAGACGUGGAUCGCAGCAUCACCCUCCACCUGAAGAUAUCCUGCCCGUCAUCUCCGGCAAUGCCAUUGGGGCGCGGGACGGCCUGCCCCAUCCCACAGGUCAAGAUCGAAGUGGAGUCUGACUACGACUCGGACGUGGACCACCAUCGGCCUCGGGACAUGAGCAGCGAGACCACGUUGUGAAGCGGAUGCUGCUUACAUGUUGAUGCCGUUCCUUUGAUAUAUAUAUAUAUAUAUAUAAAAAUAUAUAUGUGUGUAUUACUGUAUUAUUACUGCAAAAAAUAUGUAAUCAUUGUACCAAAUUUGUCUAUGAUGACAGAAUGUCUAGGCCCUUUAAAAAGGUAUAUAUUUGACUUGAUAUUGUCAUGUAAAGUACUGUGUUAUUUGUAUCAUAUGUAUAUUUCCUUUAACCCUCCCCCCCACUCCAAAUGCCUCAAUGAAAUGCUCCAUUUUGGGACCUGGAAAAAAAAAAAGAAACAACCAAAAAGUUUAUGGAUUAAUGAAGUUAUAAGUAUAAGGUUAAAGAUGGUAGAGUUUUAUGAGAAAAUGCCCCCCCCCCCCAAACUAUAUUUGAAUAAUGAAUCAAAUCACAAAUUACAUUAUAUAUGAAAUAAAAAAAAAAUA